AUGCUGAUGGCAUUCUACGCUGCAUCGGGACCGAUAAGUCAAGAGAGUGUGAUGCCUGGAAAUCUUCUCUCGGAUUCUCUUGAAAUGGCAUCCCAAAUCUCUCCAAAGCAGGCACGUGGGAGCAUGGAGAGGGGUGGCAGCGUGGAGAACCGUGGCAGCCAAGCCAGGUGCAGAAAUCUUGCCUUGGAUGAUGAGAGUCUGAAAUACUUAACUCACGAAGAGCAGGAUGUUCUCAUGUUCUUUGAGGAAACCAUAGAUGCCUUAGAAGAUGACUUGGAGGAGCCAGUCCUACGUGACAGUGGCAUCCACUGUCAAUCUCCAAGGUCAACGGAAGAAAAUGUGUCCAGUCAUUCAGAGACUGAAGAUAUCAUCGAUUUAGUGCAGUCAACACCUGAGAGUAGCGACCAUGAAGGCCCUCCUAGCAGGGAUCCAGAACCAGUGCUGGAUGCUACCUGGAGAGCUGAGAGCCCUAAGCCAGCUGCACCUGCUGACCUUCCCCCACAUCCCCCUGUACCACCACCACCAAUGCCCGAGACGCUUCCUCUUCCUCUGCCACCCCCUCCUCCAGUGCAGCAUCCGAAAUUGCUUCGUUCUAUCCCCACUCCACUCAUCAUGGCCCAGAAGAUGUCUGAGCAGCAGCUGGAGAGCAAGGCGCGCUUCCCCAGCGCCCUCAAGGAAGGGAAUUCGGACAGGAAGAAAACCCCAGUGCCCAACGGUGACUCUUUUGUGGCUCCAAAGCACCCUCCUGCACCCGCACCCAAACUGCACCGCUUCCCCAGCAACAUCAACAUAACGAACGUCAGUGGCAAAGAGUUCAAUGAGACCAUUUCGAAAGCAGCAGUUAACGUCCAGGAGCGGAGAGCUCAGGUGCUGGCCAACAUCAAUGGAGGAGCUUUUCUGGCAGCUGAACUGGAGGAGAAGCUGCAGAAAAAUGAUUUCUUGUCACGUAACAGAAGUUCUUCCUUAAGGGACCUCUCCUCUGAGCAAACACGAUACGAGGCUCUGUCAAAACUUGGCCUAGUUAAGGGAAAGCCAGCUCAGGACCAAGUGGACCGUGCCCCAAGCACUCAGCAGCUUGAUGUGCAGCCCAAGCAGGCAGAUGCUGUUCCCAAUGGAUAUCAAAACAUCCACGAGAUUUUAAAAAGCGAACCCAGCCCUUUCCUUCCUGUGGGCAAAACGGUAACAAUCAAACCAGAGGUAGCUCUUGCUGCUAACAAGGCCAGCGGUGCACAGCAGACCACAGCAAAAACUUUUAAUGAUUAUAAACAACCUAGUCUAAACCUGGAUAUGAGGAGGAGAUCGGGAUCACUGCCUAGACCUUCAGGAUUUCGAUCCCAAGGGAUAACGGUAAAGUUUUCUGGCCGUGGCUCAACAGAAGAAGCCAGGAGAGAGGCACUUCGGAAACUGGGACUGCUGAAAGAGACUGCAUAA